AUGAAUUUGAGGAAGGAGCGGAUUGAGGCAAUUGUCACCCCGCCUGAUCAGGGCCCGUUUCUGAUGACCCCCUGUACAAUUGAGAUGAACGAGAACAAGGAGGAAGCUGUCACCAAUCUACUCUGUUCCCGGUACUCUACCUCCUCCACGCGCCAAAGGAACAUGGCUGUCAUCCAGCCAAACCCUACCAAUUAA